AUGCACAUUUUCAGUGCUGAGACUGCCCCGCGGCUGUUCCCUGCAGCCCCGGAGAUCUUUCUGCAAAGGAUUAUUGCAAGCUCCCUAGAAACGCCUCAUCUCCUCUACGCAUUGCUAGCGUCUGCCUGUAGCCACCACAGCCGACUCGUCAAGAAUACAGGGCCGGAUUCCAGAGUUUCAUGUUUGAAAUUUACGAAUCUCUCGAUUUCCAGUCUACGAUCGACCCUCUACGACACGAAUGCAACAUUGACAGCGGAGACGGUGACUACUGCAAUGGCUCUUUGUACGAAUGAUGUCUGCAAUGGGAACAUGCAAACAUGGCGCACCCACCUUGGUGGUGUUAUGCGUCUGCUAGCUGCGUUUUUGGACAGUCAGGGAACAUUGCGCAUUGCUGAUCCCUAUGUCCAGUGUUUGGUGAAGUGGUUCACUACAAUGGAUGUUCUCGCAGGGUUAUCGGGACUAAGCACUGGUGAUAUUCAGUGCCCUGAGAAUAGGCUGUUGAACAGGAUUGGUGAUCAGGACAGUGUGCAUGUUGACGACAUCUGUGGCUACUCCCUGAAAUUGGCCCCGCUGCUUGCGAAACUGUCUAAUUUGGUGCAGAGACAAAGUCAAAGUGGGCUCGAGUUGCGCGACCUUAUGGAGGAGUCUCGGUCACUCGAGAGUGAUAUACGUUCUCUUGUUGAUUGCCGGGUUUACGAUAUUGGGGAUCAUAUUGAGUUGCAAAGCACACACCUAGCCUUUGUAUACUCCGCUUUGCUGCAUCUUCAUCGACGAGUUCAGAUGCUUCCAGGCAAUCACGAUCUUGUCAAGUCAGACAUCAAGAACAUUGUUCAUGCCGUUGAACAAAUGUCAUCAUUCUCAUCUGCAAAUAUCCUAAUUCUUUGGCCAAUGUUUAGCGCUGGCUGUGAAACCAAUGACACCAAAGAACGAGAGUUCAUCCACAAGCGCAUGGGUGAUAUGCAAACCCUUGGGAUGGGCAACUUUACAAGGGCACGGGAACUAUUGAGCAAAUACUGGGCAUCGAAGACUUCAUUGUCUUGGGAUAGCUAUUUUGCAAGACUGGGAUUAGAAUUGGUUCUAUUCUAG